CGUGGAUGUUGCUGGGUCGAAGGAGCAACGUUACUGUAGCUGUCUCUGCUGUUUCUGCCUACGAACAAUUGCUGUCUUGUCGUGUCAUACCAAAAGUCUAAACGAUACCUAGCUAUGGAUUACAAUACUAUGCUCGAGAAGCUGCUGGAUGGCGGUUAUCUGCCCACGACGGUCAUUCGCGCUGGUAUUCGCCAGCAGCUACGCCAAAGGUUGACCUCGAUCGCGUCGACUUCCAACGCGUCUGCUUAUGAUACCAAGAUGAAGUAUGUCGAGCUCCUGCGCGAGAGACCCAUCGCCAUUGAGACGUCGAAAGCAAACACGCAGCACUAUGAAGUAGGUACCGGUGUGCUUAACAACAUGCUUGGACCGAGAAUGAAGUACUCCUGCUGUCUUUAUGAGGGUCUCAAACCUGGACAAGGCCUUGGAGAGGCAGAAGUGCUCAUGAUGGAGGAUUAUGUCAAGAAGGCCGAUUUGAAGGACGGCAUGGCCAUGUUCGAUCUUGGAUGUGGAUGGGGAUCACUCAGUUUGUUCCUCGCAGAAAAGUUCCCCAACUCAAAGAUCACUGGCUUCUCCAACUCGCGCACGCAGAAGGAGUACAUUGACUCGCAAGCCAGAGCAAAGGGCUUCGACAACUUGACGAUUGUCACUGGCGAUAUUGCUACAUAUGAGUUCCAAGCCCCGCUGACAGGGUCAUUUGACCGUGUCUUGUCGAUAGAGCUGUUUGAGCACAUGAAGAACUACCAGCUUCUGCUCCGCAAGGUAUCAACUCUGCUCAAGUCCGGUGGCAAGCUGUUCGUACAUAUUUUUGCACACAAGGACAGCCCCUAUGACUUUGAGGACGGUUGGAUGACAGAGCACUUCUUCACGGGUGGUACUAUGCCUAGCGCAGACUUGUUGCUCUGGUUCCAGGAUGACCUGAGAUGCCAACGUAUGUGGUGGGUCAAUGGCAAGAACUACGCGCAAACAUGCGAGGACUGGCUAUCAACCAUGAACAAGAACAAACAAGUGCUCUGGCCGCAUCUGGAGGAGACAUAUGGGAAGGAUUUGACCUUGACAUGGUUCCACCGCUGGCAAAUCUUCUACCUUGCGUGUGCAGAGUUGUUCGCGUAUAAUGGUGGAGAGGAGUGGGGCGUGUGCCACUACUUGUUUGAAAAGCCAUAGACGGGGGAAUUGGUAUUGUGAUAUAGACAUUCGAAACUCUUGAAGCAUUGAAGAAGAAAAGUGCGGACUGGGCGAGUGCUUUAGUGGUCCCAUGGGUGCUUCCAGCCGAGGAGAGCAGGGCCGUCCUUCUUGGCUCUGUACAUCAAGAAGAACCACAUGCUGGCACCGAGGCCAGUGGCAGCGAAUCUGUAGAGAGGGCGGACGGGGUGGAUGUGGAUGGGGUGGGCACCGUGGGCGCCAGCGGGACGCGAAGGACCAGGACCAGCCAUUGUGUCUGGCAAAUGUCAGAUGUUCGGUCGAAGUACAGCGACCAGGCGGG